AUGUUCUAUAAUUUCUUCCAAUUGUAUAAACUGUUUACACCAGAGUUAUGCGCCGAUCAUGACUCCGAUUCGUUGUGUUAUUCACCAAUUAUCCGACCGAACGGUGAAGGAUUAUUCGAUUUACUUCAGCUACGCGUCUACUUUUCGACAAAGAAAGAUGCGUUGGAGACGUUGGUGACGACUGUGGAGAAUGUUCAAAUUGCUGACGCUUUUCAGAAAGAUCUCCAAGUAAAAAUCCCGUCGUCAGUCGCUAAGGAUGGCUACCUCUACGCCCAUACAAUUCUCCUUCCUCACAAAUUCGAAGGUCACAAUCCGAUGUCAGCGCCUUGGAAAGUUCACGUAGCUGCUCCAAUGAUUGUUUUCCAAGAGCCAGUUGCGAAAACCUUCCAAUUGUUAGGGGAUUCGGAAGAUGAACAAGUGAAGAAAGUCGAGAAGAAACCGAAGAAAGUUGUCGAGUUGGCUGCUCACUUCCGAUCAAUUCUUCCCGUGAGAAUAGUUUCCGAGCCGAAUCGUUAUGUGAAAACGAAGAUUAGUGGAGAAUUGGCUGAUUUCCUGACAAUCCAGCGACACAAUCAAGCAGAAGGAUAUCUCCCAAUUAUGUUUGUCGAUGAGAUGAGUAUGCGAAGCAAACAUUUAUACGAGUUGUCUGACUUCCAAAAGGCUGUAAACUUGACGAUUAGUUACGAGCCAACGAGUGUUGCCAAACUACUUCUUCUCACUUCGACCGCCCGUUCGACACAUCAAUUAAUGAGGCAUGGAUUCAAAGACAAGGAUAUCGAUGAGUUGAGAGGUCUUUUCACAGAGACAUCGAUUAUUCUUUUGAUGGUUACUUUCUUCGUUUCCACACUUCAUUUGUUGUUCGACGCGUUGGCAUUCAAGAAUGAUAUAUCUUUCUGGAAGGGGAGAAAGUCGAUGGUUGGAUUGUCUACAAAAACUCUUCUCUGGCGAUGCUUCUCUCAAACCAUCAUCUUUUUCUACCUUUUCGACCAAGAAACGUCUCUUCUUGUUCUAAUCCCCGCUGGAAUCGCCACUGUUAUAGAAUACUGGAAAGUGACUAUAGCUUACAAAGUCUCGGUUUCCUGGCGAGGAAUCAAAUUCGGAAAGCACUCUGCCGAGGAAAAUGAGACUGAUUCAAUCGAUUCACAGGCCAUGAAAUAUCUAUCGAUACUUCUGAUUCCUCUUGUCAUUGGUGGUGCUAUCUACAGUCUACUGUAUGUUCCACACAAAUCAUGGAGAUCUUGGCUUCUGGAGACGUCGGCCAAUGGAGUGUAUGCAUUUGGAUUCUUGUUCAUGUUACCUCAAUUGUUCGUGAAUUAUAAAUUGAAGAGUGUCGCUCAUCUUCCAUGGAGAGCGUUUAUGUACAAGGCCUUCAACACUUUCAUUGAUGAUCUCUUCGCAUUCGUGAUAACCAUGCCGACCGCCCAUCGUAUGGCUUGUUUCCGAGACGAUAUCGUGUUCUUGGUGUAUCUCUACCAGAGAUGGUUGUACCCAGUCGAUUACACUCGGAUUAAUGAGUUCGGAGAGGGUGGAGACGAUAAGAAGAAGAAGGAUAAAGUUGAGCCGGAAAUCGAAGAAAAAUCAGAAGAAGUGGAUAAAGAAGAGACUGGAUCUGGAGCCGUCAAACGGCGAACUGCGAUGAAAACCUAA